AGGAUGGACGCGGAGGACAGCCUCCUGGCGAAUGGGAGCAGCCUCACCCUCCUCUGCGAGCUCGGGCUGGACAACGAGACGCUCUUCUGCGUGGAUCAGUCUCGUCCCUCCAAAGAGUGGCAGCCGGCUGUGCAGAUUUUCCUGUACACCUUGAUUUUUGUGCUCAGCGUGCUGGGGAACACGCUGGUCAUCACAGUGUUGAUUCGGAACAAGAGGAUGAGGACGGUCACCAACAUCUUCCUGCUCUCCCUGGCUGUCAGCGACCUCAUGCUCUGUCUCUUCUGCAUGCCAUUCAACCUCAUCCCCAACCUGCUCAGGGACUUCAUCUUUGGGAGCGCCGUGUGCAAGACCACCACCUACUUCAUGGGCACCUCUGUGAGCGUCUCCACCUUCAACCUGGUCGCCAUCUCACUGGAGAGAUAUGGUGCCAUUUGCAAACCCUUAAAGUCCCGGGUCUGGCAAACAAAAUCCCACGCGUUGAAGGUGAUUGCAGCAACCUGGUGUCUCUCCUUCACCAUCAUGACGCCCUACCCCAUCUACAGCAACUUGGUGCCUUUUACCAAAAAUAACAACCAGACUGCAAACAUGUGCCGCUUUCUCCUGCCAAAUGAUGCAAUGCAGCAGUCCUGGCAUACCUUCCUGUUGCUCAUCCUCUUUAUUAUCCCCGGAAUUGUGAUGGUGGUGGCAUAUGGAUUAAUCUCUUUGGAACUCUACCAAGGAAUAAAAUUUGAUGCGAGCCAGAAGAAAUCUGCCAAAGAGAGGAAGCCGAGCCCCGGCAGCGGCGGCCUCUUGGAGGACAGCGAUGGCUGCUACGCGCAGAAGUCCCGGCGCCCCGCGCAGCUGCGGCUGCAGCCGCUGUCCAGCAGCCGCCGCGGCAGCAGCGUCGGCCGGGUCCGCCGCGUCCGCAGCAGCGGCUCGGCGGCCAGCCUGGUGGCCAAGAAGCGGGUGAUCCGCAUGCUCAUGGUCAUCGUGCUCCUCUUCUUCCUGUGCUGGAUGCCCAUCUUCAGCGCCAACGCCUGGCGCGCCUACGACACCGCCUCGGCCGAGCGCCGCCUCUCCGGGACGCCCAUCUCCUUCAUCCACCUGCUCUCCUACACCUCCUCCUGCGUCAACCCCAUCAUCUACUGCUUCAUGAACAAACGCUUCCGCCUCGGCUUCAUGGCCACCUUCCCCUGCUGCCCCAGCCCCGGCCCCGCAGGGGUGCGAGGCGAGGGGGCCGAGGAGGAGGACGGGAAGACCGUGGGGGCCUCCCUGUCCAGGGGUUCCUACAGCCACAUGAGCGCCUCGGCCCCGGCCCCCUGAGCGCGCCCUGGGCCUGCCCGCCGGG